CUGGUAUAGGUGGACUUAGUUUUUAUCACUCUGUUCGAAAAAAUCUUGGUAAAAAAUUUAAUGUUAAAAUUUUUGAUUGUGAAAUUGGUCCUCAAGAUCGAUGGCAAGGGUACAAUAGAAAAAGUGUUACCUCUUUAUUCUAUUGCACACCACCUGAAGUUCAAGUUCGUUUUCCAGAAGCAAUGCCAGAUCCAAUCCCUCAGGAACAUCAAUCUACAGCAAUUAUUGAUCAUGUCGGGAGACAUCUUAUUUAUGCAUCACAACAAAAAACUAAAAACGUCUAUGAAAUUGAAACUCUUAAACAUAAUUUGCUGGUAUAUGAUGAUGGAGUUUGGGCAUUGUUCGAAGAUGGGACAAGAGAACUUGGUGAUUUAUUAAUUCACCAAGUUCCUAACUUAGAAAUCCUCAACCUUGGUGUAACUAGUAUCGACGUAGAUAUCGCAGUACCCAAAAAGUUUGGCAGAACGAUUGAUGUCUGUUUUCUCAGAUGCAGUGGUACAAGUGAUUCUGCUCAUGCUAUGAAUCCAGUUUUAGCAUUAGGUGCAAAUAAUGCAAUACAAAAUGCCAAUCUGUUGACCAAAGAAUUACUUUAUUAUGAGAAAGAUAAUUUAAUCGCGUGCAUUCAACGAUAUAACAAAAAAAUGAGAGCUAGAUCAUCAAAGGAUGUUAUGAAGUCACGUAACUUUGUACUAAGAGAACGAAAUCAGUUUGGAAAUUUGGGUCUAAUUGCUAGAUAUUCUAUUUAUAGA